AUGUACCGAGGAAGCGGCGAGUACGAGCCCAAACGGCGCACAAAAGUCUUCAUCACCACGUACGCUGUCGGCGGCACCGGCCUCGACGCUCUGAAAGUGGCCAACUACUGUGUGUUCACUUUGGCAUUCCCGAGAACCACCGAGCUCGACCGCAUCAAGGCGGCCCCCUACCUCAUGCGUUACGGCGUCCAGUGCAACGCCAACGGCACGAAGCAGGCUACAGAGCGUCUCGACGUCAAGGGAGAAGGGUUAGUUCUUCCGAUUGAUUGUCAGGCGUCUCAUGUUGGUUGA